CCCCCGCCGUCCCUGCGUCCUCGGCUCCGGACAUCCCGGGGCCGCCCUGUUGGGACAUCCUGGUCUCGACAACAAUCUGCAAGAUGCUUCGGUGGCCCGGACCCCCGGGCCCGGCCUUUCACUCGGCACCCUAGCCGGCUGCCUGCGCGGCGUCCCAUUCCUUUUUCCUUCCCCAGUCUCGGCUCUGGCACCCUAACUAACCAUCUCUUCGGCCGGGAAAGCCGGGCAGGAUUCGCCUUCUCCCCAUCCGGCUUCGCUAGCGUCUCCUGCUUCUCUCCCCCGCCCCGUCGUCUUAGGAGAGCGCGCCUGGAAAACCCUGGGCGCAGCCGCCCCCGCCCCGGAGCCGGUUCCUGUGUCUGCCGCGGGGUUCUGGCGGGGAGGCGGUGGGGGUGGCGCGCGCGCGGUUCCGGCGGUCAGGGAAAUGAAAAGUGCGGGAGGCAGCGGCUGGAGUCUCCUCCCUUCCCUUUGGGUGUGCGAGGAGCAGCGCUGUGAGGAGGAAGUCUUCCCCCUGGCCAUGAACUACCUGGAUCGUUACCUGUCCUGUGUCCCCACCCCCAAGGCGCAAUUUCAGCUCCUGGGUGCGGUCUGCAUGCUGCUAGCCUCCAAGCUGCGCGAGACUACGCCCCUGACCAUCGAAAAAUUGUGCAUCUACACCGACCACGCUGUCUCCCCCCGCCAGAUGCGGGACUGGGAGGUGCUGGUCCUGGGGAAGCUGAAGUGGGACCUGGCUGCUGUGAUUGCCCAUGACUUCCUGGCCCUGAUCCUGUACCGGCUCUCUCUGCCCAGUGACCGACAGGCCUUGGUCAAAAAGCAUGCUCAGACCUUUUUGGCCCUCUGUGCUACAGAUUACACCUUUGCCAUGUACCCACCAUCCAUGAUCGCCACAGGCAGCAUUGGGGCUGCAGUGCAAGGCCUGGGUGCCUGGCCCGCAUCCGCAGAUGAGCUCACGGAGCUGCUGGCAGGGAUCACAGGCACUGAAGUGGACUGCCUGCGGGCCUGUCAGGAGCAGAUUGAAGCUGCACUCAGGGAGAGCCUCAGGGAAGCUGCCCAGACGUCCCCCAGCCCAGCACCCAAAGCCCCCAGAGGCUCCAGCAGCCAGGGGCCCAGCCAGACCAGCACUCCCACAGACGUCACAGCCAUCCACCUGUAGCCACGGAGAGGCCCCCUCCAGUGGCCACUGACAGCAGAGGAGGGUCCCUGCCACCCUCCCUCCCUGCAGGAACAAACCACGUCGCAUCUGCCACAACUGAAGUCUGGGGGGGCUCCUUCCUAUUUGCCCUUUGCUAAAGAGAAGGGGGCAGGUCCUGCCUAUCCCUGCCGUGUGCACUAAGGGGCCCGGCCAGCCACGUUUGGGUGGCUAGUCAAGCCCCUCCUUCUCCCUGCCUCUGACCAGCUCAGCUCCUUCCCUGGUUCUGGCUGGGGGUGGGUCAGCUGGUCAGAGACAGAAUUGAAGAAGGUAAAAUAGAUGUAACCAGCAUUCCUUAUUGAGGCCCCCUGUCUCUGGGGCUCUCACGUUCUCAACUGCCAAAAUGCCCUGGUGCCUUAUAAAGGUGCUGCACCUUCUAGAGUCACUGCAUUUGGAUUGGGGUCUUUCUGAAGAAAUUUCUGAUAUUCUGAGGGGACACAGUCUGGACAGCUCUUCUCAACAUACUUUGGAGAGCCCUGCAUAAUCCGUGCGCACAGCUGCUCCUAGAGGGAGGGGCCCAGGCCUCUGUCAGAGAUUCCAGAAUCAACCAGUUCCUCCUCGCUUUGCUUUCUGCCCAGUUUCUCCUGUGAUUGAGGGGGGUCAGUGCUGAAGGAAGAGGUGGUUUUAAUUUAUUAAUUGUGUUGAAUACAACUGUAAGAGGGUGUGGUGGGGCCCACCAGCCCAAGUGGUGGUGACCCUGGCGGUUGCUGCAUCCCUCCUCUGCUACUGGCUAGAGGAUCUUUGUGACCGAGGAGCUGCUACGGCCUGGGAGGGGCCAGGCCCUCCUCUCCCUUUGGCCCUGUGCCCCGUCCUGCAUCAGGGGAUGAAGCAGGGGUGACCUGGAGGUGACCAAGCCCGCUGUCUGAAGAUGCAAACCCUGUUAACACAGGUCUUUCCUAAGGCCACAAGGUCCAGUUGCUGGCCCAGGACCAUCAUGCUACCUUAAUAAAGAUUGUGGAAUAAAGUUGG